CAUUGUAUUCCGUUUAUAUUUACAUCUAACACAAUUUCUCAACUCAUAUGGAAACGGGGUUUGUAUAUACAUAUAUAUACAUAAUAUAUGUAAAUAAUAAAUGAAGUGUGUAAAUAAUCCAAACUAUGUGUGUGGUGUGCGACUAUGUGUGGAAAUGACCUGUAGUGUGUUACCAGAGGUGUUGAGCGAGGGGCAGGCUGGCUCGGAGGUCCGUGAGAACAGGUAGGAAGUCGGGGGCAAUAGUGAGGCGUCAAAGUCCGUGUCCAGGCGGGAGGUGGAGAUCCAAAAGAGGCAGCCAAAGAACCAGAGGGGAACACAGGGAGAUACUGUUGCUAUGGCAUCCUCUGUAGAUCGGUUUGCUCUAUAUUGUGAGGAUCGAGUGUAGGUGGUAUGAUAGCAGUGAUAUGGCUUCGGACCAGUUUCUCCAAACACUUCAUGAUGGUUGGUGUAAGCGCUACUGGCCGGUAGUCAUUUGGGCUGCUGGCGUUUACCUUCUUUGGUAGGGGGAUUAUUGUGGAGGACUUUAGGCAAGGUGGAAUCACAGCCUGUAAUAGGGACUGGUUGAAUAUCUUAGUAAAGACAUCAGCCAGUUGGUCCGCACAGUCCUUCAGAACCCUUCCUGUCACGCCAUCUGGUCCUGCCGCUUUCCUUGGGUUUACAGCUUGCAGUGUGCGCCUGACUUCCUGCACCUGCCAGCUGAAGUUUUGUGCCGAGUUUGAAAUUUGGUGGAGGAGGAAUUAUGGUGUGGGGUUGUUUUUCAGGAGUUGGGCUUGGCCCCUUAGUUCAAAUUAAAGGAACUUUGAAUGCUCCAGGAUACCAAAACAUUUUGGACAAUUCCAUGCUCCCAACCUUGUGGGAACUGUUUGGAGCGAGCCCCUUCCUCUUCCAACAUGACGAGGUCCAUAAAGACAUGGAUGACAGAGUCUGGUGCGGAUGAACUUGACUGGCCUGCACAGAGUCCUGACCUGAACUCGAUCGAACACCUUUGGGAUGAAUUAGAACAGAGACUGAGAGCCAGGCCUUCUCGACCAUCCUCACCAAUGCGCUUUUGGAAUGGUCGAAAAUUCCUAUAAACACACUCUGCAACCUUGUGGACAGCCUUCUCUGAAGAGUUGAAACUGUAAUAGCUGCAAAAGGUGGACAUACAUCAUAUUGAACCCUUUGGGUUAGGAAUGGGAUGGCACUUCAAGUUCAUAUUUGAGUCAAGGCAGGUGGCCAAAUACUUUUGUCAGUAUAGUGUAUCUCGUAUCUAAAUAUAUGAUAGCAUUCAAAAAUGUUUUUGUCCUUUCCAGCUAUUCUGUGUGUGACCAACAAAUACUUUUACUUUUAGCAGCUAAAAAUUGGUAGAAACUAAGCAAUAAAUAUGUGAGGGCAAAAAUACAUCUGUCCACUUAUUUGUGAAUUGUUAUUAAUGCAAGCUAAGUUAUGUUUCCAACUGCUGCAUAUUGCAUGCUUUUUGUGUUAUAAAGUGGUAAUUAAUCCCCCGUCAGUGAUGUAAUGUACUAUCGAUCCUUCACUGGCAUCUGACUUUCAGUAAAUGGGAGGUCUGGCAGCCUGCUCACUGACAUCAUGCAAAUAUAAUCUUGAAAGGAAUGAGACAGCAGAAACAGAAGCUAUUCCAUCCUGUUACCUGCUAGCAGACCCAGCCUCUCUGCCCCGUAGCCUUGCCUCCGCGAUGGCGGCGACAGGAGGGUCUCAGCUGAUUCAAAACCUGACCUUAAGUGCGAGCGGCGCCAUAAAGCUUCUUUCUCUUUCGCCCACUUUCCAGCAUGUCGCCUGGAUCAGACACAACAUCCGCAAGAUGGAGUGUUGCUUCUUCACAAAAGGUGCCAGAGAGGACGUGUGCAUGUGCGGCUACGGGAAGAGCGAGCAUGCGCCCGAGGCCGUCAACGAGGACGACUUCAGCGGCGAAGCGUGGGACGGACACAGACAUGUCCGUGAAGUACCCACAGACGCUUUCGGGGACAUCAGCUUCGGUGGUUUGAGGCAGAUGACGACCAAGUAUGCCCGAGUGUCCACUGAGACCAGUCCUGAGGUCCUCUACCAGUUACUGACUGAACAGUGGAAACUGUCUCCUCCCAACUUGUUGAUCUCAGUGACCGGAGGAGCCAAGAACUUCUAUCUGAAGACACGGCUCAAGAACGUCUUCCAAAGGGGUCUCAUCAAAGUGGCCCAGACAACAGGUGCAUGGAUCAUCACAGGUGGCACCAACACGGGUGUCAUGAAGCAUGUCGGGCAGGCGGUGAGGGAUUACUCUCUGAGCAGCUCCAUGCAGGGCCAGAUUGUGACCAUCGGAGUAGCGACAUGGGGAGUUAUUAACAAUAGAGACGUUUUGGUGAAUUCACAGGGUUGUUUCCCCGCCCAUUACUCGAUGGAUGUCAAGAGUCGAAUGCCGUGCCUUGAUAACAAUCACACUCACUUCCUGCUGGUGGACGACGGGACACUCGGCCACUAUGGCGUUGAGAUUGAUCUGCGGAGUCGAUUGGAGAAGUGCAUCUCCGGAAAGUCUCUUGGAAACAAAGAUGGUGAAGUGACCAUCCCUGUGGUGUGUGUGGUAUUGGACGGAGGAGCAGGCACUCUCAGUACCAUCUACACAGCCAUGCUCAACGACACACCCUGCGUGGUGUUAGAGGGCUCGGGAAGAAUGGCUGACGUGAUCGCCCACGCGGCAGGACUACCUGUGAGCCAGGUGACCAUCAGUCUCAUCCAUCGACUGCUGAAGAAGUUCCUCAGCCACGAGUAUGACAACUUCUCCGACCUCCAGAUCAUCGAGUGGACCAAAAAAAUUCAGGACAUCAUCAGGAUGUCUCACCUGCUGACGGUGUUCAGAGGAGGCGGGGACAGUCAUGGAGACGUGGAUGUGGCCAUUCUGCAGGCACUCUUCAAAGCUUCGAGGGCCAGUGAGUCACAAAACGUAGAGGGCUGGAGGAGGCAGUUGGAGCUGGCUAUUGUCUGGAACCGAGUGGACAUAGCCACCACUGAGAUAUUCACUGACGAAAGCCAAUGGAAGUCCGAUGCCCUCCAUUGGGCCAUGUUCUCGGCCCUGGCAGGCAACAAGCCCCAGUUUGUGAGUCUCCUGCUGGAGAACGGCGUGAAUCUAGGGGAGUUCCUGCAAAGCGAGAACACACUGUGUGACCUCUACAAAAAGCUGCCCAGUUGCUUCUUCCUCCGUAAGCUGGCCCAACGGGUCCACAGGUCCUGCUGUCAGAAGAGGAAGGUGUUUGUCAUUAAAAACCGGGUACAGGCGGGACCAAGUGAGGGCAUCUGCUUGAAAUACGUGUCUGAUGAGGUGCGGCACCUGCUGGGCAACUUCACCCAGCCCAUCUACCCUCCGCCUACCAUUACGUACCAGUUCAACAUGGAGGAUGGAACAUCGCUGUCAAGAAGUCUGUCAGGUUCCCAAGCGCCCCUCAGGAUGGACCUUGCUGAGGCCCAGAGAGAUCCCGCUAGAGACAUUUUUCUUUGGGCAGUUGUGCAGAACAAUAAGGAGCUGGCAGACAUUGCCUGGGAGCAGUGCACAGACUGCAUGUCCGCUGCUCUGGCUGCAUGUAAGAUCUUAAAGAAAAUGGCGGAGGAAGAAAGUGAUGCGGACGAAGCCGUCGAGAUGCGAGAGCUGGCCUUUCACUACGAGAGACAAGCUAUUGGUGUGUUCACGCAGUGCUACAGCAGCGGUGAGGAACGGGCGAAAAAGCUGCUGGUUCGCGUGUCGCCAUUGUGGGGGAGGACAACCUGCCUGCGGUUGGCACUGGCUGCCAACUGUAAAAGCUUUGUGGCUCUGUCAGGUGUCCAGGCCCUGUUGACUGAGAUCUGGUGUGGGGAGCUUUCAGUGGCCAAUCCUGUGUGGAGAGUGAUGCUCUGCAUGAUAUGCUUUCCACUCAUCUACACUGGCUUUCUAACAUACAGACGCGAUGAGUUAAUCCAAAGGGAAGUUGAAAAAAACGAAGCGAUAAAGACAGUCGAGAGUGUCACAGGAAGUGCGCUGACAACCAAAGCUAAGAGCUUUGACCUCACCACUAUGACGUCUCUGAAUUGCUGGACCAGACUGACUGGCCUGUACGGUUCACCACAGGUCAAGUUUUACUGGAAUAUUGUCUUCUAUUUCGCCUUCCUCUUCCUGUUUGCGGCAGUGCUGAUGAUGGACUUCCAGGCCACUCCCUCUCCUAUGGAGAUCCUACUGUACGUGUGGCUCUUCUCUGUGGUGUGCGAGGAGGUCCGGCAGCUGUUUUAUGACCCAGAUGGAUUUGGGUUCCAUAAGAAAGCCAGGGUGUACAUUAGAGAACUGUGGAACAUUUUAGACGUUUUAUCCAUUGUCCUCUUUAUUAUUGGCCUUGUGCUUAGGCUAACAGAUAGGCUGUUUUAUCCUGGCAAGUACAUCCUUUGCAUCGAUUUUGUGGUCUUCUGCCUGCGUCUCAUGGCCAUCUUCACCAUCAGUCGAACACUUGGACCUAAGAUCAUCAUUGUCAGGAGAAUGAUGAUGGACAUGUUCUUCUUCAUGUUCCUGCUGAGUAUCUGGGUGGUGGCGUACGGCGUGGCCAAACAAGGCAUCCUGAUCCACAAUGAUGAUCGUCUGGAAUGGAUCAUCCGGGGGGCUGUUUAUGAGCCGUACCUCACCAUAUUUGGCGACUUCCCCACAAACAUUGAUCAUACUGCAUUCAAUAUAGACGAAUGCACCAUGAAUGGCAGUGAGCCCUUGAAGCCCAAAUGUCCUGUGCUGAAUGAAAACGAAACUCCAGCCUUCCCCGAGUGGCUCACCAUCAUCAUGCUAUGUGUCUACCUCCUCUUCGCCAACAUCCUGCUGCUCAACCUGCUGAUCGCCAUCUUCAACUUCACAUUCCAGGAAGUGCAGGACAAUACCGACCGGAUAUGGAAGUUCCAGAGAUAUGAGCUUAUCAAGGAGUACAACAGCCGCCCUGCUGCCCCACCACCUUUCAUCAUCCUCAGCCACCUUUACCUCUUCUUAAGGAAUGUGUUGCUGUGCAGACCAACCCUUAAAUCCAAGAAGUUUAGGACCGAGCUUCCUCACAAUGAAGAAGAGGAGCUGCUGUCGUGGGAGGCCUUGAUGAAGGAUAAAUACCUGCUGUCCAACCAGCAGCAGCAGACUGAGAUGAUGGAGCAAUGUAUAGUGGACACAGCACAAAAAAUUGCCACCAUAACUGAUAGGCUGGAGCGGGAAGAGGAAAUGAGCACUGCUAUCUUGAUGAAACGGAUGGCCCGACUGGAGGAGCAGGUCGUCCAGUCAGCCAAAAGCCUGCAGUGGAUUAUGGACAGUCUCAAAUCAAAGGGUCUCGCUGUGAAAGAAGAGCAACCAAUCGCCGUACUUACAGCAGCGAAGGAUUCGUCCGAAAUGUCGGUGAACGAAGCAGAUGGGUACCACGUCAACGCCCGCCAGUUCCAUUACCCCGGCAGCAAAGUCACUCGCUUCCCCGUGCCUGAGGAGAAGGUGCCGUGGGAGGUCAGCUUCAGCUCAUACAUGCCUUCUUAUUAUUGCUCAGAGGACAAAGGAGACAGUGUGGAUAGAUCAGAAUCCAUCUUGGGCAAUUACAGAAACCCUGGAGGGAGGACCGGCAUCAGGGGUCAAGGUUCACUUGACAAUUUGGGUCCAAAUCUGCAUGUAGACCUUGUGAUUACACGUGUGCGAGACAGUGGACGGUCUGUUUUGGAGUUUUUGGCUGUUGUAGAUGAGCAGCAACAGACCCUGUUUCUACCUGGGGGACCGGUCCAAUCUGUGGAUCGGCUGCCGGUGGCUCUGAUGAGAAUCAUAGGCAAGAACCUGUAUGAACAAUUACUUGAAAAAAUUGCUGAGGGAACACCGGUGUUUGAGGGUUACGUGGACGACAUCAGGAACACAGAUAACGCCUGGGUGGAAACCACAGUCCUCGACCUUCACCUGGACCCGAGCGAUGAUUCCGAGGAUAUCAUCGACAUGGUGAGAGUGCAUCUGCUUGCCACAAGAUCACAUUUUUUACAAGGCGGAUACAGCAAGUGGCGUGCAUCCAUGGCUCUCUACAGUGGCUGGAGGUCAGCAGCAAAACCAGACUUUGUUCUGAGCAUAGUGACUCACUGAGGCGGGUCGCCAUGCGGCAUAAUAUGAACUCCUAAUUGUACCUCGCGGUGGAGCUACAGCCGUGGGUCGACGUUUCCUCGGGCAUGCCGUUUUCCUCAAAGAUUACACUCUGUUGCACUCAAAGCACUUAAGUCACAUUAUUACAUUCUGCUGCUGCUCACUAUCAAGUUAUUGAAAGCAUGAACAAUCUCCAGGUACACUAUAUUGCCAAAAGUAUUUGGCCACCCAUCCAAAUGAUCAGAAUCAGGUGUCCUAAUCACUUGGCCCGGCCACAGGUGUAUAAAAUCAAGCACUUAGGUAUGGAGACUGUUUCUACAAACAUUUGUGAAAGAAUGGGCCGCUCUGAGUGGUUUCCAGCGUGGAACUGUCAUAGGAUGCCACCUGUGCAACAAAUCCAGUGGUGAAAUUUCCUCGCUCCUAAAUACUCCAAAGUCAACUGUCGGCUUUAUUAUAAGAAAAUGGAAGAGUUUGGGAACAACAGCAACUCAGCCACCAAGUGGUAGGCCACGUAAACUGACAGAGAGGGGUCAGCGGAUGCUGAAGCGCAUAGUGCAAAGACUUUCUGCGCAGUCAGUUGUUACAGAGCUCCAAACUUCAUGAGACCUUCCAAUUAGCCCACGUACAGUACGUAGAGAGCUUCAUAGAAUGGGUUUCCAUGGCCGAGCAGCUGCAUCUAAGCCAUACAUCACCAAGUCCUAUGCAAAGCGUGGGAUGCAGUGGUGUAAAGCACGUCGCCACUGGACUCUCGAGCAGUGGAGACGCCUUCUCUGGAGUGAUGAAUCACGCUUUUCCAUCUGGCAAUCUGAUGGACGCGUCUGGGUUUGGAGGUUGCCAGGAGAACGGUACAUUUCGGAAUGCAUUGUGCCGAGUGUGAAAUUUGGUGGAGGAGGAAUUAUGGUGUGGGGUUGUUUUUCAGGAGUUGGGCUUGGCCCCUUAGUUCCAGUGAAAGGAACUUUGAAUGCUCCAAAAUACCAAAACAUUUUGGACAAUUCCAUGCUCCCAACCUUGUGGGAACAGUUUGGAGCGGACCCCUUCCUCUUCCCACAUGACUGAGCACCAGUGCACAAAGCAAGGUCCAUAAAGACAUGGAUGACAGAGUCUGGUGUGGAUGAACUUGACUGGCCUGCACACAGUCCUGACCCGAUAGAAUACAUUUGGGAUGAAUUAGAAUGGAGACUGAGAGCCAGGCCUUCUCAACCGGUCGAAAAUUCAUAUAAACACACUCUGCAACCUUGUGGACGGCCUUCCCAGAAGAGUUGAAGCUGUAAUAGCUGCAAAAGGUGGACCAACGGCAUAUUGAACCCUAUGGGUUAGGAAUGAGAUGGCACUUCAAGUUCAUAUGUGAGACAAGGCAGGUGGCCAAAUACUUUUGGCAAUAUAGUGUAUGUUCUUUCUGCUUCAUGCUCCCAGGUCACUCCUUAACAUACAUCUCUCCGUUAACCAGAUGUCCAACAAUUUAUCACAACAGUAUCUUGGACAAUAUAAUAGCUGAAAAUGCGCAGCACUUUAAAUAAACAUACUUGCUGAAAGCCAUUUCCCUGGCUGCAGUGUUAGCAAUGGAAUGGAACAACAAUACUGUAUACAUGCACUGUGUAGUCAUAUGUUCCUCUGCAAAGGCAACCUGAAUGUUUACUCAGUAUUACUAUAAAAAUGAUUUUCUUCAAAUAAAGGGCCCCUUUGCACACCUUACCCUUAACAGAUGCCUGAUAGUCUUUGAUGCAUAUCUCUUUAUUGGAUUAUGUUAGAUUUUAGUGCGUGUGUGUGUGUGUGUGUGUUUGUGUGUGUUUGUGUGCGCUGACAGUUUGAA